UAGUCACGCUCGGCGAGCCCGAGGCUCAGGCUCGAAGUGUUGCACAUCGGCGGUGUCCAGUCUCCGGGUAAACGCGCGGAUUUAAACACUCGGCUGCCUCCGGCUGUGAUACAGUCGGACAGGGAAAAUUUGACGCGUAACCGAUGAUCGAUGGGCGAAUGGCGCGAGUAUACAUACGCGAGGCAAUUGAUUUCGAGUGUGUCGCGAUGUCGUGAAAGCGAUAUGGUUAAUUAUAAUAAAUGUAGAGAAAAAAAAUUUUGAUCGGACUUGAUUGGCUUUGGUGCGAGAAAAAUUUUUUUGUUUGACAUGCAAAACUGAGUACUGCAGAAUCGAGCGGAUACAAAACGUCACGUUAGUGCGAAAAUAAAUAAGAAGGAGAUAAGCAAGAAUACGAGUCAACUGAAAUUACAUAAGAAGAAGGAAGCGCGAGAAAAGUUGUGGUUUAAGAAGAAACGAAGAAACGAAAAUAAGAAGCGUCGCGAAAGAAGAAUUUCUUUUCACGUUUGAAAUAUAUAUAAUUGAAAUUUCUUGGACAGACCGAGAGAGAUGGCAGGGCUCACUUUACUUUUCGGCAAUUUCUCCUCGGACGCUGUGACCAGACUCGCGAUAGAACGCGGCGAUCGCUGCAAGGAAGGCCGCAGAGGGAUGUGGCACUUGAUCUUCUUGUUAAUCGGCAGCGCGAUGGCCGGCGAGUCCGGGCCGGAGUCGCCGCCGGAGUUCUUCGACCCGACGAUCAAAAUCGAGGUAGCUCCGCUGCCUUACGAGGAGGCAUUCCCGACUCCGCUUCCUGGUCUGCUAUAUCCCAGAGAAAGUGAAUCCCGAGAGAUAAGAUCACUUGAUGGAUUAUGGGACUUCGUCGUGUCGCCCGAAGGAGAUGCGCUAAGAGGUUACACGGAAAGAUGGUUUGCCGAUGAUUUGUCGAAGGUCGGAGAAAUGAUGAAGAUGCCGGUACCCUCGUCCUACAAUGACAUUACGACAUCGCGGAACCUCAGGGACCACGUUGGUGCCGUGUGGUACCAGAGGACUUUCUUCGUGCCCUUCUCUUGGCGGGAUCAACGUGUCUUCGUCAGAUUCAGCUCGGUCCACUAUCUCGCACAAGUGUGGGUGAACAACGCUUUGGUGACCAAUCAUGAAAUGGGCCACCUGCCUUUCGAAGCGGAGAUCUCGUCGUACGUGACCUUCGGCGGUAAGAACCGCAUUACCGUGGCCGUGGAUAACACUCUGCUGCAGACUAGCGUGCCCCAGGGCAAGAUCGUCGAGAUGAUCACCGACAACGGCACCACGCACUUGCAGACCUAUACUUUCGAUUUCUUCAACUAUGCCGGUAUACACAGGUCUGUUUUGCUGUACACCACGCCACGCAUCUACGUUGAAGAUAUUACAGUGAGAACGAGCCUGAUCGGCGAUAUGGGAAUUGUCAAGUAUAUCAUACAACCGGCUGGUUUGCGCGAAGGGGAGAUACCUGUCUGCAGGGUCACGUUGCACAACGCCGAGCACACCUUGGCUAUCAAGGAGCCCGUUUACGGCCUGUCCGGCACCCUGAAGGUCCCGCUCGCCAGACUCUGGUGGCCCAGAGGCAUGGACCCCAAGCCGGGAUACCUAUAUACUUUAGAGGUAAGACUGUCAGUGGCAAACGUCACCAAACCGGACAUCUAUCGAUUGCCGAUCGGCAUCAGGACACUCGCGUGGACCAACACGAGUCUCUUGUUGAACGAUCGACCGGUGUACAUGCGUGGUUUCGGCAGGCACGAGGACUCGGUUAUACGAGGACGUGGUUUCGACCUCGUCACCGCUGUCAGAGACCACGAGUUGCUUCAGUGGGUCGGCGCUAAUGCCUACAGGACCAGUCAUUAUCCUUACAGCGACGAGGUUCUCGACAUGGCUGACAGACUGGGUUUCCUCGUGAUCGACGAAUGCCCUUCCGUCGAUACGGAGAAUUAUUCGCCGUCGUUGCUCUCACGUCACAAGGACUCGCUGUCGGAGCUCAUCCGCAGGGACAAGAAUCGACCCUCCGUAAUCAUGUGGUCCCUGGCCAACGAACCAAGGACCCAGUUGCCCCAGGCGGAGGAGUACUUCAAGCAGAUCGCCCAUCACACCAAAGCGAUCGAUCCUACCAGACCGGUCACCAUUGCUUUGGCUCGUGGAGUGCAGGAGGACAAAGCUGGUCAGUUUCUCGAUGUGAUCAGCUUCAAUCGUUACAACGCCUGGUACAGCAAUGCCGGCAGAAUGGACAUGAUCACUGACAGGGUUCAAGGCGAAGCCGAGGCUUGGCAUAGAAAAUAUAACAAGCCAGUACUUAUGUCCGAGUACGGGGCCGAUACUAUGCCCGGUCUGCACGAGCUACCGGAAUACGUAUGGAGCGAAGAGUACCAGAAAGAAUUAUUCUCCAGACACUUCGAGGCCUUCGAUCGAUUGCGACACGAGGGCUUCUUUAUCGGCGAAUUCAUCUGGAACUUCGCCGAUUUCCGCACCGCGCAAACGUACACCAGAGUGGGCGGCAAUAAGAAGGGAAUCUUUACGAGAGACAGACAGCCGAAAAUGGCAGCCCAUCACGUCAGAAGGAGAUAUCAUGCCCUCGCAGUCGAAUUGGACGGCGCGCAGACACCGGACGACGUCGAAGAUUACAUUUCAUCCUAUUAUUCUCAACACUUAGAACUCUGACUGAAUUUUGAAAAAAAAAAGAACAUAAAAUUGAACCGCGAGAACCGCCUCGCAAAAAAUCUUAAUUUUUGACAAAACUGCAUUUUAUUCGUUUUGUACAUCGAUACGUAAAGAUAACAACGAUAACUUAACAUAAAAUUAUUCAUCUAAUGUACGUAUAUUCUAUCAUAAAACCACUUGUGCCCAUGAGGAAAAUAUAAACGCUCCAUUUAUUCAUCUAAAA